CUCUCUCUCUCGCUCUAUCUCUCUGUUGUUCUCUGCUUUCUGCUCUCUACUCUGUGCUCGGUUUCUGCUCUCUACUCCCUGCUCGCUUUCUGCUCUCUAUGCUCUCUGCUCUUUGUUCUCACACUGCUAGUCAUGAAGAUCAGAGGAGUUUGGGCCUACAACUUCCAUCAAGAAUUGUCUCAAUUCGAUCACUGCCUGCACCGCUUCCCCGUCAUCUCUUUCGAUACCGAAUUUCCAGGCUUUCUCCGAGACACUCCCCGAGACGCACUCGAAGAUCAACGUUACGAAGAUGUAAAAUUCAAUGUUGAAUCCCUCAAAUUGCUCCAGUUGGGAUUCACUCUGUCCGACGCCAAUGGCAACAUUGGGGGAACUUGGGAAUUCCACUUGUCUGGGUUUAAUGAGAAAUCUGACCCUCAUGUUGUCGCUUCCAUUUCUCUACUCAAAAGGAACGGUCUUGAUUUUGCGAGACUUGGGCAAUUUGGGAUUUCUGUUGCGGAGUUUGUGUUCGGGUUUCUGCGUGUCCUUAGAAUCCACAGAGGGCUGCAUGAUUUGACAUGGGUUUGCUUUCAUGGCCUUUAUGACCUGGCGUAUUUGCUCAAGCUCUUAACCCAAAAGCCUCUGCCCGAUUCAGUGGUGAUGUUUGCUAAGGCUCUUGGUGUAGUUUUUGGCAUCAUUUAUGACAUCAAGUUUAUGGCUCGCUACUGCAAAGGAUUCUUUGGUGGUGAAAUUGGAUUGGCAAGGGUGGCCAAGCUUCUUGAUGUGGAGCGCUCUGGUGAAGCUCAUCAAGCUGGUUCAGACAGUUUAUUGACUGCUGCUGUGUUCUCCAAGAUGAACGCAACGUUUAGGUCUGUGGCUGGGAUGUCUCAAGGCUGCUUGUAUGGAAUUAGCCCAACAAUCGUGCGAUAUUGGCAGCCCGCUCGUGUGGUUGUUGCUUCUGUGAUCGUCCGUCGCCCUUGCUUUCCUGUUGCAGCACCUCGUGUCUACGGUGCUCGUCUCAUUCAUAGUCCUAUUCUUCCCACUUAUGUACACAUGUAGUUAGUUUUGUAAAUUCUGAUUCUUUGGAGUUGGGGAACAGUCUAGUGACUAACUGGCUAAUCAGUAUUCAUUUUGUAUGUACAACAUUUUUUACACCAAAAGAUUAUAAUACAAUUCUUUAA